CCCGUUUCCUAAAUACAUGGGGCCUGUGCUGGUUGUGUUAUAGCAGGAAACACAUGUUUUAAGCUGACAGGGCCAGAGAGAGAAAGAGGGGCGACUGCACUGAGCUGAACAGCUGCACAAAGGAAACAAAAAAGAAAGUAGUGUUUUGUUGUCGCCCUGCCAGUGAGGUUCCACUGUGGGGGUUACAGCACAGGACAACAGGGUUUUUAUUUGUCAGAGUCAAGAACAGCCUCCAAGAGACCUGCGCUCUUAAUGCAAACAGAAGACCUCUGGAAAAACCAUGACCAGGUCACUGGAACUAAUCGCGCUCCUCUCUGCUCUCUGCUGCUGCCUAGCGGACAAUGUGGAGCUUAUACGCACUAAGAGAGGGACUCGUUUUUACAGAGGUGAGCCUUACAGGCAGCCAGCCAGAAGGACGCUUUUGAUUAUUCAUGUCCAGAAGUCUUCACCUUCCACUGACACCUCCUUACUUUGCAUGGAUAGUGAGACGUCUGCUGUGCGUGGUUUUGGGGACACUUGGCUACAAUGGAAGGGACAGCGUGUGGAGUAUUGCCGUUGUGAUUUAGGAGGACGAGCGCGUUGUCAUAUUGUGCCCGUAAUCAACUGCUACGUGUCUCAGUGUUAUAAUGGAGGAACCUGCAAGGAAGCCGUGUACACUUCAGACUACAUCUGCCAGUGUCCCCGAGGCUUCACUGGGGCUCAGUGUGAGAUCAACACCAAUGAGAAGUGUGUUGUGGGGCAGGGUGAUGGGUACCGUGGCACCGCAAGUGUCAGCCAAUCAAGAGCAGAGUGCAUCAACUGGAACUCAACGUCUCUGAGAGGAAAGAAGUUCACGGCUCGAAAAACAGACGCCGUCAGCCUUGGACUGGGCAAUCACAACUUCUGCAGGAACCCUGACGGUGACAGCUCUCCCUGGUGUUACAUCUAUAAAGGCACACAGAUUGAAUGGGACUUCUGUUCUUUGCCCAGAUGUCCAGAAGAUAAGCACAGAGAAUGUGCGCUCGGCUCUGGCCAGCAAUACCGAGGCACAGCAUCUGUCACCAAGAGCGGCUCUCGCUGCCUCCCGUGGGACUCUCCCGCUGUCAAGCGCAAGAUGUACAAUGCUUGGAGAACGGACGCAUUGGAGCUCGGACUGGGCAGCCACAGUUUUUGCAGGAAUCCAGACAAUGACGCAGGUCCAUGGUGUCACACCUACAAAAAUAUGAUUCUGACCUGGGAGCUGUGCGACGUACCAAAAUGCUCGAGACGUCCGCCUAUGCCCACUCUUGACCCGCGUGCUCCCACCACUAAUAACAAUAACAGAGGAACAUGUGGCAAGCGUUUAGACAACACUUUAUCCCAACCAUCGUCCCGCAUGUUUGGAGGCAGAGGGAGUGAAAUCACGGAGCAGCCGUGGCAGGCGGCCAUUAAUUUUUACCAACCCCGUCACAAAAAGCACUUUCAUCUAUGCGGAGGAAUCCUCAUUGACUCCUGCUGGCUCCUGUCUGCUGCACACUGCUUUGAAGAAAGAAACGAUGUAAAUAAACUGCAAGUAAUUUUGGGGAGAACGUUUCGGAAACAGAACUCCAGCAGCGAGCAGAUUUUCAGCGUCGAGAAACUCUGGAUCCACGAGAAAUAUGACAGGGAAACAUACGACAAUGACAUUGCUAUUUUGAAACUUAAGACGGACGUUGGCAUCUGUGCUGUAAACUCUCCAGAAGUUCUUCCGGCGUGUCUGCCCGAACGUGGGCUGGUGCUGCCCGACUGGACUGAGUGUGAGAUCUCAGGCUACGGAAAAGACGCAGAAUUUUCUCCACAGUAUUCUGAGCGUGUUAAGAGAGGUUAUGUUCGCCUGUGGCCCAAAGAGCGCUGUGUCCCAGGGGUGCUGUCUGGACGCACAGUUACCUCAAACAUGCUGUGUGCUGGUGACACUCGAGGCCUGGACGACGCCUGCAAGGGAGACUCUGGUGGCCCGCUUGUCUGCAGAUACAAUGACAGGAUGACUCUGAUGGGUGUGAUCAGCUGGGGCGAUGGGUGUGGGCAGAGAGAUAAACCUGGAGUCUACACCCGUGUCACCAAUUACAUUGACUGGAUUAACAACAUAGUUAAAGCAAACCCGGUUUAAAUCAAAAGAAGAUGCAAAUGAGAUGCUGGAGACUAAACGCAGAGGGUGGAACAAAUAUGUUUAUCAUUAAGUUGACAGACUGAGACACCCACUGGACUGUUGAGGGCUGGCUCUAGAUCCCACCAGACAGAAAGCUUAAGUCAUAAUGGCCAUUUCUACAGAGACACACACAAAAGACCUCAAUCAGGAGUUUUUGUGCUCCUGGGUUUUUAUGUUCGUUACAGUCUUCAGUGUGAAAGUGAAAAGAUGAACUGAAAACACAUUUUUUACCUUCUUUCUGUGAGGUUUUAAAGCUGAUUUCCCCUCCUGAGCACUGGCAGUUAACCUAUCUAGAUAAAUAGGAAAAAAAUUAAGGAUAUCCCUCUGCUUUUUGUGGUUGACUUUAUGCUGGUUUAUACAAAAAUGACACAGUGGCACGCUUAAGAUCAAAAGCACUUUUAAUCUUCACUCAAAGCAAGCCUUUACUUUGCAGAGUACAGUAAAACACAUGGGGAUGUUUCUCCACAGGGCAUUUUAAAGUCCUUUGUCAGGAGGACUUGUCUUAUAGCUGAGAGCUACAUUUACUUAAUUAGUUUAAUGCAAAAUACUCUGCAUUUGCUCACAAAAGGGCCUUCAUCCAAACCACAAUCUGCUGGUUCAGAUUCUGCUUGUUUUUGCAGAUUUUAAUAGUUUGGCACUCUGCUGUGUUGCGCUGUAGAUUUGAACUUGUGGGAGAAGGUAACAGGAAAUACUGCCUCAUUCUGGAAACCUGUGUCUUAGGAAGAGUCCUCCUUCAGCUGCACCUGGGCUGAGCCCAUACUUGUAUGUAACAUGUAUAUUAUAUAUUGUAUACUGCUUAUUGACUGCAAAACUCAAAUCUGUAAGAAACUCAUGUCUUUUGUGAGAAUCUGGAUUUCAGAAGUUUUGUAUUAAGUUAAUGUUCAUGUUUGUUUUAUAUUAUUUUGUAGAAAUCUAAAUAUGUUACUUAUCCCUGUAUUGCCACUUGAUAAUUUAUUGUUGCUUGAUAAUUGUUAUUGCCUUUCUACCAUAUUCAUAUUCAGUAACACCAUUGUCAAUAAAUAACAUUUGAAAUCAUUUUA